AGGACAUCGACCAUCAUUCCACACAAUCCCAGUCACCUCGAUACUCGAUCAGACCUCUCGAGCAAGCUCACUUCUCUGCCACAGAGAUACAUACACGCACAGAGGCAUCGAGUAAACUGCAAGAUGAAGCUACUUGCUCUCAUCGCUACCGUCGCCUCGCUCGCGACCCAAGCCACGGCUUGGGGUCAAGACGGCCACAAGAUCGUAGCCACCAUCGCCCAAGUCCACCUCCAUCCUACGGCCAAACAAGCGCUCUGCAAGAUCUUGCCGCCCGAGGCGAAAUGUCACUUGGCUCCCGUGGCCGCCUGGGCGGAUCAAGUCAGGGGCAGACACCCGGAGACGGGUCCCAUGCAUUAUAUCAACCCGAGGUUGGAUAAGCCGGGAGAGACGUGUACUUUCGGGGAAGACGGGUGGAUCAAUGACAAGGUCAACGUCGUGACCGCCAUCCACGAGAAGACCAAGAGGCUACUGAACGGGACCUUCGGCAGGGAAGAUGACGAGACCUUGCGAUACUUGAUCCACUUUAUGGGAGAUAUCCACCAGCCGUUGCAUUUGACGGGGUAUCUGCGGGGCGGGAACGACGCCUGGGUCAACUUCUACGGCCGUCGUCAGAAACUACACUCGGUCUGGGACAGCUCGAUCCUCCUCCGCAAGAUCGCCACCCUGGGCAACUAUACCAGCUCGACCGGGAAUCGGCAACUCGAGUCCGCACUCAGGGGAGACAUUUACGACCCUUACGUGAGGUUCAUCGUCAAGGAAGGCGUUUGGGGGUGGUGGAAGGAGAGCAGUAAGGGUUGGUUCCAGUGUCCGGAAGAAGGGGAACAUUUCCCUACGAACGACGAGGUGGGCGUGAAAGUCGAGGGUGACGCAGGGAUCUGGCAGCAGGUCGGGCAGGUAGUCAUCACGGCUUUACCUACCGCUUGGGGCAACGCUCUGAUCAACAACGGCCUCGUCCGAGCUCCUACGCCUCCCGAAUACUCCUCCCCUUCAGCCCUGACCUCGUCGAACCUGGAUGGCUGGCUCCCCGCCUGUCCUUACACAUGGGGCAAAGCGUUACAUCCAUACAACUGCAGAUACGCCUGGCCCAGAAACUACCACCCUGGGAUCGAGUUGGACGAUGGGGAGUACUUUGAAAAGAUCACCAACGACAAGGUGUUUGAAGAGUUGUUGGGCAGGGCGGGGAUCAGGUUGGCAGCGGUCCUGAACGCGAUUUAUGCUGAAGGAGAGGUGGCGAGGAGCGGAGGGGCUUGGUUCGCCGAGCACUAGUGAAUUCGAGUUUUGAAGGCUGCGGUGCACCCGGAUGGUACCCGGUCGCACGCCGAAGAGAAUACGAUUGGACCGAAACCGAAUCGCGCUGUGUUGUACGACCUUUAUGAUCGACUGUUUUUACGAAGAUGUACGAUCCCGAGUACUUGUUUGAAUAGUCUGCGCAAUCUUCAUAUGCUUUGCUUUUUUGAUGAUAUAUAUUUAAAUUCGCUAGAAAUAAAACAAGAUCUCUCGACGAGACACAACGUGGGACCUGAGAAGGAAGAAGGAUAUAUCGGAUCGUGCGG